GUCAAGUCAAAAUGAAAGUGCAACGGACUUCCACAUGAGGGUGUGGUGUUUGAAGACAAAAUGCAAUGUGUCAGAGCAAUUCAGAUCACUUCACUGAGGCACAUCUCAGCUGCAGUACCUGCUACUCAUCUGCUGACAAAAGCUUUGCCACGGUCUGAGACAUGAAUAACUCAACAGAUUACUGGAUUGAGGAUGAGGAGGAUGACCUCAACCCUCUUAUAGAUUACAAUACCUAUGAGCUUCUCUGUGAAAAAGGUGAUGUGAGAAAUUUCAGAAAAUUAUUCCUCCCAGUGUUCUACGCAUUGGCUUUCACAAUUGGGGUGGCUGGAAACUCACUAGUGGUUGCAAUUUAUGCCUACUGCAAGAAACCCAAGACCAAGACGGACGUGUACAUCAUGCACCUCGCCAUCGCUGAUCUGCUCCUGCUCUUCACCCUCCCCUUCUGGGCUGCAAAUGCAGUGCAGGGAUGGGAACUUGGAAACCCCAUGUGCAAGCUCUCUUCUUCUCUGUACACCAUGAAUUUCAGCUCCAGCAUGCUGUUCCUGGCCUGUAUCAGCGUGGAUAGGUACAGGGCCACUUCUGAAUCCCAGGGCCACAGAAGAGUGGGCAAACACUGCAGUGUUACCUGCCUCUGUGUCUGGCUGGCUGCCACUUUCCUCAGUAUCCCAGAGCUGAUAUUUAAUCAAGUCAAGAAACACAACGAGAGCAACGAAUGCCUUCCCAUAUUUCCAAUGAACAUGGAAACACUCUUGAAAUCAACCAUUCAAAUCCUGGAAAUUAUCCUGGAAUUCCUUCUUCCUUUCCUAGUAAUGCUGAUCUGCUAUUCUGCUACUGCUCGGGCAAUCUUUAGGUCUGCAAAUGUUAAGAAGUCCAGGCCUUUCAAGGUGCUGCUGGCAGUAGUGGCUACUUUCAUUGUCACCCAGCUACCCUACAACAUUGUGAAGCUGUGGCGAGCCAUAGACAUCAUCUACAUGUUGGUGACAGACUGCCAGGCCAGUAAAACCAUGGAUGUGGCACUCCAGGUCACCAAGAGCAUCGCUCUGUUCCAUGCCUGCCUCAACCCCCUCCUCUACGCCUUCCUGGGUGCCUCCUUCAAAAUGCACAUCAUGAAAAUUGCAAAAAAUUACGGGUACUGGAGAAGGCAGAGGCAGAAUGGAAGACCUGAAGAAAUUUCUAUGAAUUAUGAAGACCCUACUGAAGAAACAAUCAGUUUCACUAUAUAGGCCCUCCAUUGCUUCCAUCAUCUUACAUAACCAAGGGAAUGGUUUACUAAUUCCAGGGGGUAUUGCUUCUAGAGCUGUUUCUCUGCAAGUCAGCUUUCAGAUGAAUUUCUGAACCUGCCAAGACAUCACAAAGCACUUUAAAGUGGAACAUGUUUAUUGGAAUCAAGCAAGAACUGAAUACUGAAACCCCUAGAAACAACCCAAGAUAUUUACUAAACAACAACAUCAAAGAACUCAAAAAAAAAAAAGCACCACAACAAAACCCAAACACCUAAAAACACCCCCAAGAUUUAAAUUUCCAAGUGUCACAGCACUGGGCAAUUAAGCAACUAUGUAAUGAACAACCUGUACACAUCUAAGUAUGUGAUUAAAACAGAAAAAAAACAUCACCAAUCAAACAACAGGAAUCUUUGUACCAGAAGUUAAUAAUCUUGUGUUCCUCCAACUAUUUUAUAAAACUUUAGAACAUUUGCCUAACAGUUCAGCUCCAUUUCUCAACUAUCAUUCCAUAAAUAACCUCGCAGAAUGAAAUGAAGCAUAAGCUUAUGGCUGAGAAUUGAGAGGGAGAAAGAGGGGGGAAAAGCCAUUCUCUAUGUUUCUACAAAUAUAUACCAGCAACAACAUCCUCCACAAAAACACUCCAGCAACUCCUUUUCUAUAACUACAGAAAAAUGUUCUUUCAUCUCUUCUUUUCUACUCACCCUAAGCUUCAACUAGUGCUUGAAAGGUGGCUGGCAUACUCUAGAUUUUUAUAAAUGUAAUAAAAAUUUCAGGUAAUCAUCAGAUACAAGGCCUGGAUUUUUUAUUUAGAAUUGCUAAAAUUAAUCAAGAACUGCAAUAACUGCAUCUGCUAAAAUAUAUGAAGAUAUAAUAAAAUCUAAGAAUAGAAAAAGUA